CCUGAUGCAUUACAGUGUAGCAAGAUGGAGGUUAGCAGUUGUAUGAAAGUCAGUCAUUUUUCUUUGAGAAUGUUUGCCUUCCUCCUCGUGGUCACGCUGGGGUCAUGCUACUGCAGAACGAACAGCAGUCAGACAAUUCUGGGGAUUCCAGAGCUGCUUGGCCCUUCAGAGGCUUUGCCGGGACACAUUGUUAUAUUCAAAUGUGUAGUAUCAAACAACACAAAGAAUGAAACUCUCCUAAUGCAGUUAUACAAGAAGGAUAACAAUACCAAGCUGUUGGGUGAGUCUACUGCUCUGUCUGGGGAAACUGGGGUCUUCAACCUGGUCACCAAACUGUCCCAUGAGGGCAACCUCGAGUGUGUGGCCAGAGCACAGAACAACUCUCACGUCGAGCCCACUGUCAGCAGAACACACUACCUGAGGGUGGUCGAGGGAGUGGAGGAUGCACAGAUUUUUCUUCAUCCAGAUCCAGAGGAGUUCUUCAACGGCCAGAAUGUGAAGCUGGUCUGUGAAAUUGCUGCUGGAAACCACGUGUCCUAUAAAUGGCUGCUGAAUGGUCAGCUCAUCUCUCCGUCUUCAGGUCUCUCAGAUAACUUUCUCCAUAUCUUCAGGUCAGUGGAAAACCAUUUGGACACUCAAUGGAUGGGUGCUGUUGUUUCAUCAGGUGGUUGCUAUGACACUGUCCAUGAGUCAGGAAAAUGGAUUUGA